AUGGAUAAUUUUUUAAUUUAUGAAGAAAUUCAUAAACGUGAUUCUUGUAUUGUUUAUCGUGGUCGAAUAAAACGAUCAAUUGAUUUUGUUAUGAUCUAUUGUGUUGAUAAAUUUAAACGACAUGAAUUAAGUAAUCUCGUUCGAUUAAUGUAUGAACUUGAUCAUUCAAAUGUAAUGAAAUUUCGAGAAUGGUAUGAAACAACAAAUCAUCUUUGGCUUGUUAUGGAUUUAUGUGAUGGUGGUUCACUUAAAUCAAUUAUACAAGCUGAUGGAUCUUUACCGGAAACAUCUAUACGUACUAUUGGUGUUCAUAUAUGUCAAGGUUUAUAUUAUCUUCAUCAACAAGAUAUUAUUUUUUGUGAUCUUAAUCCUGAAAAAAUUGUUUCGGAUGGUUCAAAUAUAUUUAAAUUAGCAAAUAUGACAUUAUCAAGAAUGAAAGGAGAAAAUUUACAAGCAAUUUUUGAUGAAACUUAUGAUAAUUAUCUUGAUGAUGUUUAUCGAGGAAAAGAACGACCAAAAGCACAAACUGAAAAUAAUUUUUAUACAGCACCAGAAAUACUUCGUGGUGCUGAAUAUUCUGUAACUUCAGAUUUAUGGUCACUUGGAUGUAUUUUAUAUGAAAUGUUUGCUGGACGACAAUUAUAUGAUGAAAGAAAUGCAAAUAAAUUAACACAAAAAAUUCUUAAUGAUCGUUUUGUUUUACCAAUGGCGAGAGGUUCAGCUAAACCAUCAAUUGAAUUUGCUAGUUUAUUACAAGGUUUACUCGUUAAAGAACCAGCAAAAAGACUCGAUUGGCCUGGUAUAUUAACCCAUCCAUUUUGGACAGGUCAAUUAAGUUAUCUUGUUCGACCACAAACAGGUGCUGCAAUAAAGAAAAGUGUCAAUCAAAAUGAAACACACGAUCGUCCACCACUUUCAUCUCGAUUAGCUACAACAGAUCGACCAGAAUCAAAUGUAUCAUUUAGUUUAAGUUGUACAAAAACAUCUAUUCAAAUAGCUCAACAAAAUAAAACAGAUGAAACUGAUGGUAAUAAAACACAUCGAAAUGAUUAUUCAUCAAUUAAUACACAUGAACAAUCAACAUCAUUUGGUGGUGAAACUAUUGAACGUCUUCGAAAAAUGCUUUUUUCAAAAGCUGAAUUACAACCAACAACUAUUGUUGAAAAUAAAACUAUUCAAAAAACAUUACCAUUUAAAUUUGAAAAUAAAUUAUUACCAUUUCAAUUAGGAAAAUGUAAGAAUCUUUUAGUCGAUAGUUUCAUUUGA